AUGAAACUGUCCGCUUUGUCGAUCAUUUUUGGCAUGAUCCUUGUGAUGACGAUCAUGUACACUAAAGCAGAAGCGGAAGCUGAGGCAGAAGCCGAUGCUGAUGCCGAUGCGAAAGCUGAAGCUGAGGCCUUCUGGGGAACCCUAGCCAAGUUGGCGGUAGAAACAUCAGCCGAUGCUGAUGUCAAUGCGAUGCGGAUGUUGAAACUGCGCAAGAUGAAACUGUCCGCUUUGUCGAUCAUUUUUGGCAUGAUCCUUGUGAUGGCGAUCAUGUACACUAAAGCAGAAGCGGAAGCUGAAGCAGAAGCCGAUGCUGAUAUUGGCAAAGGCAUGCUGAAAGCAAUGAAAGGAUUCGCUAACUUUGCUGUAAAAGCAGCCCCGGUAGCUGCAAAAUUAGCUUUAAAAGUAGCCCCUGCAGUACUUGCGUUUGGUAAAUAA